AAAAUAAAUUCGAAUUUUUAAAUUAAAAGAACUGCUAUUCCCAAUACGUCCACAAGAUGGUGCAAUAGGCAUUGCGUUAAGCAAGCAAGCCGUUUAUCCUCAGCCAGAGUAAAUUCGUCAGUCAAGUGCAACCGGUGUUCUGACGUGCUAUUUUGUUUUGCCUCCGAAAUCUCAUACAGCGUCUACAUUUUGUGCUUCAGCCCAUGAUGUCUCUGUCAAAAAGGAGAAAAGUGGACACAGAGUGCAGGUUGUUCCAAGAAAAAUGGACAUCCUCUUAUUUUUUCACGGAAGUGAAAGGAAAAGCUGUGUGUUUGGUGUGUUCACAGCACGUUGCAGUGCUGAAAGAAUAUAAUCUCCGUCGCCAUUAUGUGAGUCUUCAUGCUGAAAAAUAUGACAAAUUUGAAGCACAGCGGAGAAGAGAGAAGGUGAAUGAACUGUUGGCCGGACUGAAGAAACAGCAGUCUGCGUUUACUCACAGCCAAGAUAUCAGUGAUGCUGCAGUGAAAGCUAGCUACCUGAUUGCUAAUGAAAUUGCAGUCACUUCAAAACCAUUUAGUGAGGGGGAAUUUGUAAAAACGUGCAUGAUGAAGGCAGCGGAGAUUGUGUGCCCUGAAAAGCGCCAAGCUUUUGCAAAUAUCAGCCUGACCAGAAACACAAUAGCAGACAGGAUUUCUGAUAUUUCAGCGGAUUUGGACUGCCAAUUAAGGGAAAAAGUAAAGUCCUUUAUUGCUUUUUCAGUUGCUAUUGAUGAAAGCACGGACAUUACAGAUGUUGCUCAACUGGCGAUUUUCAUCCGCGGAGUUGAUGACACGUUGACCGUCACCGAGGAGUUUGUUGAGCUGGUGCCCAUGACGGAUACAACAACAGCAGCUGAUAUUUUCACCACACUCGUUGGAGCGCUGGACAGGGUCGGAGUGCAAUGGUCCCGCGCUGUAAGCCUCGCUACAGAUGGCGCGCCCUCAAUGACUGGGAGAAAAUCAGGUGUUGUGACAAAGUUCAGAGAGAAAGUGCAAUCUGCAAAUGGAGGAGGUGAUUUUUGGACUUUUCACUGUAUUUUGCACCAGGAGAGUUUGUGUUGCAAGUCAUUAAAGAUGGAUAACGUCAUGAAAGUGGUCACCCAAACUGUUAAUUUCAUCCGAUCCACAUCUACCCUGCCAUACCACACUGAGGUAAGGUGGUUAAGCCGAGGUGCCGUGCUGAGGCGUUUCUUUGAUUUACGAGAAGAAAUUGAACAGUUCAUGGAAGAAAAAGGCAAACCAGUGUUAGAAUUUCGUUCUGCAGAAUGGGUGCAGGACCUUGCAUUUAUGGUGGAUGUUACAGAGCACCUUAAUAACUUGAACAAACAGCUGCAAGGCCGCAACAAAGUUGUCACGCAGUAUUACGACAGCAUACGUUCUUUCAAGUUAAAGCUGUCUUUGUGGGAGACGCAACUCGCUGUUAAUGACGCAGCUCACUUUCCCUGUCUGAAAAAAGUGUGUGCGUCCCAACAUGAAGCCGACAUGAAGCGGUUCAAAGAUAAAAUAACGGGACUGUUGAGGGAGUUUGAGCUACGCUUUCAGAUUUUUGAUGAACUUGAGAAGGACUUCAGAAUUUUUUGCUCCCCAUUCACCGUGAAUCCCUCUGAUCUCCCCACCAGCAUCCAACUUGAAAUAAUAGACUUGCAGUGUGACUCGGAUUUGAAGGGCAAAUUUGUUACAGCUGGCUUGGACACAUUUUAUCAAAACCUUUUACCUGGUUACCCCAACUUGACAGCUCUUGCUGCAAAACUGUUGAGCAUGUUUGGAACCACUUAUCUUUGUGAGCAAGUUUUUUCUGUAAUGAGUUUAAAUAAAACAAAGCUGCGCUCGAGGCUCACACACAAGAACUUGAAUCACAUCCUGAAGUUAGCUGCCACUCAGGAUGUGACUCCUGAUAUUGAUGCUCUGGUGAAAGCUAAAAGAUGUCAGGUAUCAGGAGUCAAAUAAACUUAAAGUGCUGCAUGAAACUCUCUGAUAUAGCCAUGUGAUCUAGUUCUUUGAAUCACUGAGGAAUUUAAUUUUUUUGUAUUUCAAAUUUUCUAAUAUACUUCAGGUGUUUUAUUAAUAGUGAUGUUGUGCUUGUAAUAUUUUGGAUACACUGUCCUCAGGCUCCCGCUUUGUUUUAUAUUGAUUGAAUUAAAACAAAGAAAACAAUCUGAAGUUGUUUUUAAUUUACCGGUCCGGCCCACUUGGGACUAGAUUUUCCUCAAUGUGGCCCCUGAGCUAAAAUGAGUUUGACACCCCUGGUCUAAAGUAUAUAAGACACUGUCCAAAAUAGACGAUAAAAUUGCAAUCCCUAUUGAAAAAUGGGAGGUGGAUCUAUCAGUUAGCUUUGACCAGGACUUCUGGUCCCAAACUUGUUUAAAAACUUUUAAAAUGAUCAGAAACCCCAAUUUACAAUUAAUUCAGUACAAAAUUCUACAAAGAGUACACUAUACAGGUCAUCGGAUGUUCAAGAUGGGGUUUGUGUCGUCUGACACCUGUACACACUGCACAAACAACAUUCCUGACAAUUACAUUCAUGCACUGUGGUCCUGCCCACCUGUCCAGGAAUUCUGGGGUAGAGUAUGUGAGGAUCUGUCAAAAUGUCUGAAAUGUCAUAUCCCAACUUCCCCCUCUCUUUGUUUACUGGGAAACCUGGACGAUGUCCCGAUUAAAACAUCUUUGGUUCACGUGGUUCUGACUGCCAUAUGCAUCGCUAAGAAAACUAUCCUCUUGAAUUGGAAAAAUAGAGAAACUCUCUGCAUUAACCAGUAUAGAAAUCUUUUGUUAGAUCAUAUUGCACUUGAUAUAGCCUCUGCUUCCACUUCAGAUGAAUCUCUCUGGGCUCCUUUGAUCGGUUCCAUCACAUAGCGAAGGUGGGGGGCCGUUGAUGUUGUCCUGCGGGAUGGUGUGGGUGGGGGCUGUGGGGUCUGAGUUUGGAGUAUCCGGAUGUUCCCUGGAGGUGGGUUCACUGGGGGUGUCUGGGACUGGGGGGCCGUUGCCCCCCUCUGGAGGUGCUUGGGUUGCCUCGGGGGGUGGACUGCUGGCGGUUGUGAGUGGGGCCCC